CGAGAGCGGCGGGCGGGGAUUGGCCGCGGCGCUGUCACGUGACCCAGGCGGAGGCCGUAUUGUGGUGGAGGGGCUCGUGCCUGUCAGGGUUAGAAGGUGCUGAAAGUACAAAGGAACUGGAAGAGCAGAGACUUGGAGAAAGGUGGAAGUGCUGGAAAAAUAGAUUUGUGGGAAGAAAACUUCUUUGAAAGAUGUGUUGACUAGAAGAAUCUUAUUAGUGGCCCUUGGUAAAACGAGUGCCCUGUGAAAGAUGGGGUUUGGAAGUGAUCUGAAAUAUUCUCAUGAAGCUUUGCUAAGACUGCAGGAUUGGGAAUUACGGCUACUGGAAACAGUGAAGAAAUUUAUGGCCAUGAGAAUAAAAAGUGACAAAGAAUAUGCAUCCACUUUACAGAAUCUUUGCAAUCAGGUUGAUAAAGAGAGUACUUCACAAUUGGAUUAUGUUAGUAACGUAUCUAAGUCAUGGCUCUUUAUAGUGCAGCAAACAGAACAGCUUAGCAGGAUCAUGAAGACACAUGCAGAAGACUUGAAUGCUGGUCCAUUACAUAGACUAACUAUGAUGAUCAAAGACAAGCAACAAAUAAAGAAGAGUUACAUUGGUGUCCAUCAGCAGAUUGAGGCAGAGAUGUUCAAGGUUACAAAAACAGAAGUGGAAAAAUUAAAGUGUAGUUAUAGACAAUUAAUUAAAGAAGUAAAUUCUGCCAAAGAGAAGUACAAAGAAGCUGUGUCAAAAGGAAAGGAGACUGAAAAAGCCAAAGAUCGAUAUGAUAAAGCCACUAUGAAACUCCACAUGUUGCACAAUCAGUAUGUCUUGGCACUGAAAGGAGCACAGCUACAUCAGCACCAGUAUUAUGAUUCUACGCUUCCUCUGUUCCUAGACUCUUUACAGAAGAUGCAAGAAGAAAUGAUUAAAGCAUUAAAAGGAAUCCUUGAAGAAUACAGUCAGAUCACCAGUCUUGUGACAGAAGAAAUAGUGAAUGUUCAUAAAGAAAUCCAGACAUCGGUUGAGCAAUUAGACCCUAGUUCAGAAUAUAAUAGUUUCAUAGAGGCUCAUAGGAUGCCAGAUAUUGAACAACAAGAAAUAACGUUUGAUACUUCUUUAUUGGAAGAAAAUGAAAAUCUUCAAGCUAAUGAGAUUAUGUGGAAUAAUUUGACAGCUGAAAGUUUACAAGCUAUGUUGAAAACAGUAGUAGAAGACUUGAUUCAGACACAGCAGACACUUCUAAAUAAGGAGGAGUUAGUAUUGGAACUGGAAAAGAAGAUAGAAGAAUCUUCUAAGAUCUGUGAAAGGAAAUCUGAUGUUGUGCUUCUGCUAAGCCAGAAGCAGGCAUUAGAAGAACUGAAGCAAACUGUUCAACAACUGAGGUGUACUGAAGUCAAGUUUGCAGCACAGAAAGAACUUCUGCAACAAAAAGUGCAAGAAAAUGAUGGGAAGGAGCCCCCACCAGUUGUACAUUAUGAGGAAGAUGCCAGAUCAGUAUCUUCUAUGGAUAAGAAAGAAAAAGUUUCCAGGUUUGAUACCAUUCGGCACUCCAUUGCUGGUAUGAUAAGAUCUCCAAAGUCUAUGUUGGGCUCUUCAUCGUUCUUUGAUGUGAUAUCAACUAGUGAAAAACCCUUGGCAGAUCAAGAUUGGUACCAUGGUGCAAUUCCAAGAGUAGAAGCGCAAGAACUAUUAAAACAGCAAGGAGACUUUUUGGUGCGGGAGAGUCAUGGGAAGCCUGGUGAAUAUGUCCUUUCUGUGUUUUCAGAGGGACAAAGAAGACACUUCAUCAUACAAUAUGCUGAUAAUCAAUAUAGAUUUGAAGGAACAGGUUUCUCAACUAUCCCUCAGCUUAUAGAACACCAUUACACAACAAAACAAGUGAUAACAAAGAAAUCAGGUGUUGUUCUACUGAAUCCUGUUGUCAAGGAUAAGAAAUGGAUUCUCAAUCAUGAAGAUGUUACACUGGGAGAAUUACUGGGCAAAGGUAAUUUUGGUGAAGUGUACAAGGGAACAUUAAAAGAUAAAACCCCUGUUGCUGUAAAAACAUGUAAAGAAGACCUUCCUCAGGAACUGAAAAUUAAGUUUUUAUCAGAGGCCAGGAUACUCAAACAAUAUGAUCAUCCAAACAUUGUAAAGCUUAUAGGAGUGUGCACGCAAAGGCAACCUAUUUAUAUUGUUAUGGAGCUUGUUCCUGGAGGUGAUUUCCUCUCCUUUCUGAGAAAGAAGAAGGAUGAACUAAAAACCAAGCAGUUAGUGAAAUUUGCAUUAGAUGUUGCUGCUGGGAUGGCAUAUCUUGAAUCGAAAAAUUGUAUACACAGGGACCUUGCUGCAAGGAACUGCCUAGUAGGAGAGAACAAUGUUCUGAAAAUUAGCGACUUUGGAAUGUCUCGUCAAGAAGAUGAUGGAGUAUAUUCCUCUUCAGGAUUAAAGCAGAUUCCUAUCAAAUGGACUGCUCCAGAAGCUUUGAAUUAUGGUCGAUACACUUCUGAAAGUGAUAUAUGGAGUUACGGAAUCUUCCUCUGGGAGACCUUCAGUUUAGGUAUAUGUCCAUACCCAGGAAUGACUAAUCAGCAGGCACGGGAACAAGUGGAGAAAGGCUAUCGAAUGUCAGCUCCUCAGAAGUGCCCAGAGGAAAUCUAUAAAAUAAUGCAGCGGUGUUGGGAUUACAAUCCUGAAAUGAGACCAAAAUUCAGCGAGAUUCACAAAGAGCUCUAUGCAUUGAAAAAGAAAGUGACAUCAUGAGAAAGUAGCAGGACUCAAACUACAGGACCCUUUUCCUUUUCAGAAAAUUAAUAUUUUAUGUCAUGAACAUUCUGCAUUUCUGCAUCUUUUUUCAAUAUUCUUCUAAGAUUCCUUUUUUUUUUUAGGGGAAAAAAAACCUUCAAAUGUGUCCAGGCUGGAAAAUGUCAAAGAUACCUAUGUUAAAGAGAGAGUGCUUACCAAAUGCUUUAUUUGCAAAUGCAGUGAUGUUUCAUUUAGGUUCUAUGCAAAUAGACAAUGAGUAGAUGUAAGGAACUGUCACUUCUUUAUGUUUCUGUGAUAAACUCUUAACAGUGUUUUAGGGCCUGUUUUUCUGCUUCUGAUUCCAGGUUCUCACAGCAGUCAUACCUGAAACUUGGGCAGUAUAGUUCCUACAGAAUUUAAAACUGAAGGCAGAGUUUUCAGGAUUACCUUGAUUUAAAAGACUAUACAAUAUAGUGCUCUGGGAGGAAAAUCUAAUAGAAUCUUGGCUAUGUGUGUAUUAUUCAUUUAAAAGUAACAUAAUAUAAAAGCUUAACUAUAGAAUGAGGAAUGCAUGCAGACAUUUCAAGACAGUAAACAUUUCUGAUAGUAGGCAUUAUUUAUUUCCAGUUUUAAAGCAAGGAAAAGAAGCACAAUUCUCCAGCGAAACAUGCACAAAUCUAUGUGUGGUCUUAACUUUUAUCUGCAUAGACUGGAGAAGAAUAAAUCCAAAGCUGACUCCUAACCUGUGAUAUAUCUGUCAGGAAAUACUGCAGAGAGGGAAGAGCUGUGGAAGCAUACACUUGUUUUUGAAUGUUCACAUUCAGAAAUGCUGUCAGGAAAAAAAACUUGUUUGAAAAUGAGAGCGGCAUAUAAUGAAGUAGCAUUGAUUUUUGAUAAGGAAGAGGAAGUGAAUUAUGUGAUUGGCUUUUGGAGCUCUGUGAAUUGUUGUUCCUGUCUGUAUGCAGCUGAAGCUAGGAAAAGGCGGCUGGGGAGGGGGAUAUAUUCUGUAGGCAUUCUUUCCAAAAGGAGUGAAAUGUCCCAAUUAUACAUAUGUGAAUGAAAUGUGAUCUUCUGUACAUAUCUGGCACUCUGAAGAUGCUACAAAUUUGAAACAUUCAGUAGGACUCCAAUUUUCAAAUUGCACCCACAUUCUGCUAGGUUUAUUCAAUAGACAGUUUUCAUACACAGAAUUAAAAGUUGAUGUCAACAUAUAUGUGGCCUCUGGGCAAAACAGAACAAGAAGACUGUUUUGAGGCUCCAGUGGGAGCUUCAUACAUAAAUUUAUGGUAUAUGCUCAAGCAUCUUCAAAAUUGGCUUCAAAUUGUGUUGUUUGGUACAGUAGCACCAAGAUGUUGGUGAAGUCUUUGAUGUCACUACAUGUUACCUGUUUAGCUGGCCCCUCAGGCCACAGCACAUUUGUUCUUCUGUAUGAUUUUGUGGUAGUAAAGUGAUGAAGUCAAGCAGGGUGUUUGCUACUUGUAGUCUAGAAAGGUUGAUGCCAUUAAGGUGAUGAUAAAAUGUAAUGUUGGUGUAAAAUGGUGAAGCGUUGUAUCAGAUGACACAUUCUCCAGCAAAUGUGGAGUUGUUAGUAAUCUGGGUCAGGAGAGUCAAGUCCUUCUUGACUCAUGCACAAACAAUGGUCUAUAAAUUCAGAAUCUAGUGUAGCAGCAAAAGGGUUGGGAAGGAAAAUGUAGUGUUACAUACUUUACCCUGGAAUUUUCUUGUUUAGCAAUGGGCAUACACUGAUCUUAAAAUAGUUUAUUUAUCACAAAUGGGAAACAUUACUUGAUUACUGUGAUCCUAAAGGGAUCCAAAAAGAGUGUGCCUUAAUUCACUGGCAUUCCAAAUGCUCAAGGACUAAGUGCUAGCUAGCACCACAUGGGAAACACCACAGAUUUGCCCAAUUGUAGAUCUUCAUCUAUGCAUACACUAAUGUAUAAAUGUAAGGACAAGAAUGUAUUUCCUUUUAUUCACUGUGUUCUUAAUUUUUCUUUUAAGGGCUAAUAUUUUUAUAUAGGAGAGGGUAUACCAUUUCUCAAAGUCUUUUGAAUGUACUGUUCUGUGUCUUAAUUUGAUGAGCAGGACACCCUGUCCUGAUCUUCUUGUACAGAUGUAAAGGAUAACUGCUAUUUAUAUUUCAUUUAUGCAAGCAGUUCAAAUUUGCAAUUCAUGUCAGACUGCUGAUCAGAUUGAAAAGCGUUUUUCUAAACAUGGAAUACCAGUAGAAUUUUAGAUAUCAGUUUCAAUUUGGGACAUUACCUUAGUUGAUUUGUUCUCAUGAAGCAUGUUUGAUGAGUUGACAGCUGAAAGGUAUUUGUAUUUUACACAGUUUUAUGGACCACUGUGUUCUUAACAUGUAACUUAGUAAAACAGUGCUCCUGUCACUGAAAACAGUUUCAGCUGUUUAUAUUAGGAGGUUAAAUUAAUAUCAGGCAGAUUUACACAUGAUUUAAUAUUGGCUGCGAAGAUAUAAUCAAGAGGAAGAGAUGGGCCCAAUGUGUCCUGGUGAAUUAAUGGCAGAAAGUCAAAACAUUGCAUUAUUUGAAAACUGGGCUUUGUGACAGAACAAAGUUAUAAUUCUCCAGCCCACCUUGUGGGAAUAUGCAUUGUUAAAUAGGACAUUGCCAUUUGUCUUCUUCCAUAGCUGUAAACAUCAGUUGAGUUUGGAAUUGCUGAGAUUGGAGAUGUCUAGGAAGUCAACGUGCCGCAGUGUGCUCAUUUCAUAAUUAAAAGCCAAAACUUUUGAAUAUGCCAUAUAAAAGGCAGUUUGAACUCAGUGAUUUGAGUCCCUUUGCAUAAUUUUUCAUUUUUCAGAAUUAUGAUUUUUUUAAAAAAAUUAAUGUUAAAUUCCAAGCAAAUAUGACAUCCUGCAAAUUAGAAGCCUCUUAUUUAAAAUGUGCAAUGUGGCAAACUCAUAUGAAGAUAUCAUGUCCACAGUGAAUAAUCGUUUACAGAGACACAGAACUUUUAGUAACUUUCCAUUUUGCAAAUAUUUAUUGAGUGUUACAGCUCUUCAUUUGAAAGGUGAAGCAAUUCAUAUAUUUAGCAAAUACCACCUCUUUGUUUACUAAAAAAAUUCAAGUAAAUACUAGAACAGUUUGGUAAAUAGAAAGUUAUGAAGAUAAGCCACCAGCCUAUUUGUUUAGAAAACAGUUUUAUCACUUUACUUAUUAAACUGUGCUGCUUAUUUUCAUCUUUUAUCAUCUAAUGUUACUGCAUAGUCUAGUGACCUUGACAGCACAAUGUAGGCAAAUACAUUACCAAAAGAAAACAGUUAUAACUACAGCCUUUGCUAUUAUAUUUAAUCGGCUGGUCAAAUUUUGUAGCAGUUACUUUCUCACAGAAAUUACCAAAAAUUGCUUUCAAGUCCACCAUUUUUAGUUGGGGUUAAGUUUGGAGGCUCUUAGAAAAGUUCACUAGAGAUGCAGUUUUCUUUUUUACAAUUUGCAGUGGUUCUGUCUCGGACAAAUGAGAUGUGCUGUUUUUAUUUUAUAAUAUACAUAUAGGAGUGCAAUGUUAGAGCCAAAGUAAUAUCUCUCAUAAAUGGUGUGUGUCACUAGGCUGGCUUUGUUCAAGGCAGCUAGACAGAACCCUGUGUGACCCGGGAUGUAUAGGAGGAGGUUAGUUAUGCCCCCCCCCCCUUUAUCAGUAAUAUUUUCUCACCAACAUUUCCCCUCAAACCUACCUUUGCUGCAAGUAGCUUUGGCAAAGAUAGAACAUGUUUAAGUCAGAAAAUGGCUUGUGGGAGUUCUUCCUUUUCCCUGCGCUGUGGUCUCGAUUCAGAUCAGAAGCUGGUGAUUUUAUUGUUUUUAAGGAAAUUACCCUGGCCAGUCCAAAAUUAAUGUAAAACAUAGCUUGGUUCUUACUUGUUUUUUAUUAUUAUUAAUUUAGAUAAGAAAAUAGACUUUUUGUGGUCCUGUAAUGCCCAAGUCUAAGCCUUGAAUAACAAAAUCAGAUUCACUACUAACUACUAUGGUGAAAGAAAUAUAAUGAAUUAAUUGAUGAGCAAAGAGGAAUCCUUAAAUGCAUUUCCUUUUGCUUAUCUAUUAAUUAAAUUAAAUUAAAUUAAACUGGCAGAAAAUUUUAUGGAGGGCAAUAAUCAUCAUCUGAGAAAUAUAAUGCAGAACAUAAUCCUACUGGUGUUUUUUUUUUUCCCUUUAAAGUUUGUCAUCCUUUUGUGUUAUAAUUGUUCUGAUAGUUUGGGGUUUUCUUUUUUGAGCUUAGUGAUUGUCUUACAGGUCCAUCAACUGCUGCUUUCUUGAAACCUAAAGCAGAACCUGGUUGAACUGUUGCCCGGAUAUCACUCUUUCCUCCCUCAGAUGUUAGAACGUUAGAUCUUGAAACACUGAAAAAUAUAGAGAAGGGCAAGUGCACACAGUUGAAAGUUAUAUCCCUCUUUCUCUUUAUCACUUGUCAGUAACUACAAACAGGAAAGGAAGAUUUUGGAAAUCUAGAUAGCUCAAAGAAGCUGGUUUUCUCAAAACUCAUUGUGGAGCAAUUGAGAAUAGGAUGCAGAAAUAUUCAUUUUGGAGGUAUUCAGAAAUUUUCAUCUUCAGUUUAGAAUGUUCAGCGUAUUAUAUACAGUAAAGUUUCAUGCAUGCACCAAAAUUUGCCACUGGCAUCAGAUUUUCAAGCUACUUGUUCUGCUUCAGUCUUUGUGCAUCAAGGUUCAAGGUCUUGAAUUUUUCAGGUUCAUCUUUCAUACAGUUAGGCACCCUAAAUGAUGGGUGUUCCCAUCGAUAUGGAAGAUUAUAAGCAAAAUCUGCCAUCAGUUAGCAACAAAACAUCCUUCCCUUGGAUCUUCAACCUCAUUGCACAAAGGUGAGGAGUAGGCCGUAUAUAAUAGAUCAAUAAUCUAGGCCUUAAAUCAUAAGAGGGAAUAGCACAGUCUAAUGCUAGGGCAAUGCAUAGCUGCCCAUAAAGAUUCCUUUGUACAUAGGAAUUGCAUAACUAAAGGAAAUUUCUUUUAGGAUCUGCCAGUAGGAGACUUGAAUGUCUAUGGACUAUAAUGUAUUGGGUUAUUUUUUUUAAAAAAAUUUCACAGAUGUGACAAGAUGAUAGAGAAAAAUUAGACAAAACCACAAACAAAGUUCAUGAAACUGACACAAAGCUUCUCCAACAACCUUGCUUUGAAGGAAACUUGAACUUCAGAUAUUUUUACCUGAAUGUCAAAUAGCAAUUGUAUUUUCAAAAUUAGGAACCACCAUGAAAUGACAUGGUUUAGUGAAGUAAAAGUGCAGUUUAUGAUUGCAUAGAGCACCUGCUCAGAGCUUGAAAAUGUUUUAUUUUAGCCUCUGAUUCCCAGACUCCCUGAGGCAGUAUGGUCACAGGUCAUGCUGUUUGAAGGAUUCUGGGAGUUGUAAUAACUUUUCUCUAUGCAUGCAUAAAAUACUAUUUUAUUGAAGAAUUGAUCAAUUGUACAAGUCAUGUGAAAAACAUAGCAAUCAAAAGUGGCACGUUGACAAACCUGCUUAUAAUUACUAGCAGGUUUGCAUCAGUGAUAUAAUUUUAGCUCUGAUUGUAAAAUGCAGACUGCCUCAUAUGACAGAAGUAGGAUUUCAUGUACAUCAAGGGAAGACAGAAAAACCCUCCAGGAGUGCCAUUAGCAAUAGAAUCCAAGCAGAACUGUACAUAAGAAAAGAACACUUUCUAAGCCAAAGGAAAGAGGUCAGUGCUGUGUUAUUAAUUUACAGAGGAAAGAUUCUUCUUCAAAGAGAGAAAUGCAAGAACAGCCAGCACAAACAUAUCGGAUUAGUUGUUUUCCAGUGUAUCCUGGAUAACACAGGAAAUUAUUAUUUUUUAAAAAAAUGCCUUUAGAAAAAUGCAGAGGAAAGGAAAAAUACAGGCUCCUUAGUUUUGUAGACCAGCAGAAUAAUAAUAAUAAUAAUAAGUAUGUAUAGUAAACCUGACCCACCCUUAGAGUCUACCUGUGUUGAAAAUCUCUGGGGAAUGAAUUCUGUCUCUUUGUUGUCCUGAUUCUGUUCUUGUGAUAUAGUUGGCUCUUCAGUUGUAGAAGAGCUGGAUUCGUGAAACACUUUUACAACAUAAUUCUAUGCCACCAAAUGCCAUCUGUGUCAGGCCUUACACCAUAACAUACUCCACAAAGAUGUAUGACUCACCCAUGUGCUUUAAAAUGAAUAUUUGCUCUUUUUAAUGCCUAAGGAAUUACAUGAUGAUGUGAUGGGAGAAGAAUCACAUUUCUCUACAGGAAAAACAUGGUUGAUUUGACAGCUGUAGAUGAGGUAUUUUUCCAAUUACAUUUUACUUUUACUUUUUUUCCUUCUUGUGCUCAUUGCACAAAAUUGGAUAUGGUCACUGGGGCGUAUUUGACUAACAAGAGUUUAAGAAUGUUAAACAUUUUGCAUGGGGACACUGCAAUAGUUUACAGUUUUUUACAUACACAUAUUCUGGUGUAGAUGUGUGGUUUUCUUUUCUUUUCUUUUUUUUUAAGUUACUGCCAAUAUACUCACCAGCAGGUUUAAUAUCAGGUAAAGCACCUUUUAUGCUCUUUGUUGUUUAAAAAUAAUAUAUUUGUGAAACACAUUUGAUAAUACAUAACACUGGAAAGGAUUGCAUCUUCCCAAAAAGUGCAGGUGCUAACAAAGGGAGGAAGGGAAGCUUUGAGUGGCUUUCCUAGCUUUUAACAAGAGUCGGAAUGAUAGCUUAUGUAUACUUUCUUAGUUGUCUGUCAUUUGUAAUAUUAACAGAUCUACAUUUUAUCUUUUAUUUAUUUGCCAAUUUUUUAAAUAUUCACAUUUGAACUGAACCUUAUUUCACUUUCCUAGCCUGUUAUAAGAAGGGAUCUUCUGUGUUCAUAGUACAUUUGCAGAUAAUUUUGAAUGGGAUCUUUCUCUUUGACUGGACCAAUUACCACUAACCAGGUCUAUAAGACCUUUUUUUACUGUAUUCUUUCAAUAAAUGUACAAUGUUUGUA